AUGGCUACCAUUCGCCCCUCCCACCAGACGUGUGACUCGUUCUUCGUUGAGACUGACGACGUCCGUCCUCGCUUCGAUCCCAAGGAGCACGCAAAAAUCAUUGCUCGUGAGCGUCAGUACGCAAUCGCAGAUCAACUCUCUGCCCAGGCAAGGGAGGAGUAUCUCGAUGAUUGCUUACAGCACAUGCUCGACAUGGAUACUGCGACUCUCCCCGAUGUAGAAUCCAUUGACAUUCAAACUGAAAUCCAAUGGUUCAUGCGGCCAUACCUCCUCGAUUUCCUCAUCGAAGCACAUGCGGCCUUCCAGUUGCAACCUUCUACACUGUUCCUUGCAAUCAACCUCCUUGAUCGUUACUGCUCGAAACGUGUUGUCUACAAACGUCAUUACCAACUCGUCGGCUGCUCUGCCCUCCUGAUUGCCGCCAAGUACGGUGACAAGAAGGAGCAUGUUCCAACCAUCCGUGAGCUGAAGUCUAUGUGCUGUUCACUUUAUGACGACGACAUGUUUCUUCAAAUGGAGUGGCAUGUGUUGCAGACACUUGGCUGGACCGUUGGCCACCCAACAGUGGACAGCUUUCUGAACAUUGCGAUUGUGGAUAUGCAGUACGAUCCGGAGGUCGAGCAUCUUGCACUUUACAUCCUAGAGAUUGCGCUUUUCCACAGAGAAUUCGUGUCUAAACCUUCGGCCGACCUCGCUAAAGCUGCCCUCGCUUUGUCGAGGUGCAUCCUUAACCGCCGUCAGCCGGAGGCUACCGAAUGGGCUGCCACAUACGACCCCAACACCUUAGUCGGUCUGUCCCAGCAAUUGCAUUCACCCUCUCAAGUAUUAUACCGCAAGUACUCUUCAGCACAUUACUCCCGGAUCUCCAAACUUCUGGACAACUUCCUCGCACGUCAGGCCGCCAUUGCCAGCGGUGCUUAUGCUCCUCCAUCUCCGCCGACCGACGUCGCCAAAGAGUCAAAGACUCAGUACGCCGGUCAAGUCGGUUUGUCCACUCCUCAAAAGCCAAUGCCACCCCAUGGAUACCUUACACCCCCUAUCACCCCGGAGAGCGAGGGGUUCAAUGCUGCUGCUGCUGCGGAUAUGAACAAACAGGCAGCGAUCACCGUCUGCCCGUCGUCUCCUACCCCCCCGAACGUCUCUUUCAAUGAUACCCAGAUGUACGAUGCCGAGCCAGUAUACGUUCAGUAUGCCCCUGCUCACGUCGGGUAUACUACUGCGUUCUAG